GGCAAUAACAAAAUUUUAUGCCGCAGACAGCAGACGGAGGAAUUUCUCCACCGCAAACCUUGACGCAAACACAAACGCUGACCCUUUUAUCACUAACUGUUUUGCCCCUAUCGACCCUGAAACGCGUUCUGAUCCGAUAACAGUGUAGGUCAUUGACCUUAAAGUGAUGGAAUCGCUGGGGUGCGCUGUCGAAGCAGUUCCCGCCGUGUGUGAAGGAAUGGAGCAAGAUGAUUCGGGCGAGGACAGAGUUAUGCAGCCCGUCAGCACGGACGAAAAUGGACUUGAUGAAAACUACUACAAACACGGGGCAGAAUAUUGGUCGACGGUGCCGGCCACUGUCGACGGAAUGCUCGGCGGCUUUGGCUACAUUUCGCACACCGACAUCCAGGGCUCCGAAUCUUUCUUGAAGAGCAUUUUUAAGCUCAAACAUGCUCCUGGCAGAAAGAGGGCCGUCGACUGCGGUGCUGGCAUCGGCAGAAUCACAAAGCUUCUCCUCCAGAGGUACUUUGACAAGGUUGACCUGGUCGAACAAAACUCUGCGUUUCUUAAAGAGGCCCAAACCUAUUUAGGCGGGUCUAAGCACGUCGACCAGAUGUAUUGCCAAGGUUUGCAAAACUUCAAGCCUAAGGAGGAGACUUACGACGUGAUUUGGUGUCAGUGGGUGCUAGGCCAACUCAAGGACCACGAUUUCGUCCAUUUCAUGAAAGCCAGCAUCAAAGGGCUAAAAGAAAACGGCAUAAUUGUGGUGAAAGAAAACGUGACUUCAAGCGGCGAGGUGGAAGAAGACAAGCAAGACGCGUCUGUGACCAGAUCAGAAGAGGCUCUAUUAGAUCUGCUGACAGGACCCUCUGGCCUGAGAGUGGUGCGCGAGAUGAAACAACCAAGAUUUCCCAAAGGUCUUUUCCCAGUGCGCAUGUACGCCCUUCGCCCUGUCAACAAACCAAAGACUGACGCUUCCAAAGAUCAAAUAGAUUGAAAUUUUUGGAUGUAAUAGUGAAAAAUGAAGGUGAUAUUCACUGCA